AGUUGUGGGGGAGGGGCACAAUGGAGGAUCCGAGCUUGGCGUGUGGGCUAGAGGAAGACAGUUUGCGGGGCCAUUGUGGACUUGGGGCCGUACCUCACGAUGUGCCAGGUCACCUGUGCACAGGCCAUCGUGUUUCAUCAGCAGCCGGCUAGGGCCACUUUCCGCCUCCUGGCGCUCUAACCGUUCUGCCCGCAGGUCUCUGCAGCUCACCAUGCCCCUCAGCCUCUUCCGGCGCCUCCUCCUGGCGGUCCUGCUGCUGGUGAUCAUAUGGAUCCUCUUUGGGCCCUCCGGCUUUGGGGAGGAGCUGCUGAGCCUGUCCUUGGCGUCCCUGCUGCCUGCCCCAGCCUCACCGGGGCCGCCCCUGGCCCUGCCGGGCCUCUUGAUUUCCAACCCCCAGGCCUGCGGUGGCCCGGGACCCCCUCCAUUCCUGCUCAUCCUGGUGUGUACAGCCCCGGAGCACCUGAACCAGAGGAACGCCAUUCGUGGGUCUUGGGGCGCCAUCCGAGAGGCUCAGGGGUUCAGGGUGCAGACGCUCUUUGUCCUGGGAGAACCUACAGGACAGCACAUCCCCGACCUGGCCUCAGAGUCAGCGUCCCAGAAGGACAUCUUGCAGGCUUCCUUCCAGGAUUCCUACCGCAACCUCACCCUCAAGACCCUCAGCGGGCUUAACUGGGUGCAUAAAUACUGUCCAAUGGCCCGGUACAUCCUCAAGACAGACGACGACGUGUAUGUCAAUGUUCCAGAGCUGGUGUCAGAACUGAUCCAGAGAGGGGGCCCUUCAGAGCAAUGGCAGAAGGGUAAGGAGCCACAGGAAGAGACCACAGUUUCCCGUGAGGAGCACAAAGACCAGGCAGUGCCACUCCUGUAUCUAGGCCGAGUGCACUGGAGGGUAAGCCCCACUCGCACACCAGGGGCCCGGCACCAUGUGUCAGAAGAACUGUGGCCUGAAACGUGGGGUCCUUUCCCACCUUACGCCUCAGGCACAGGGUACAUACUGUCUGCCUCUGCAGUGCAGCUUGUUCUGAAGGUGGCCAGCCGGGCACCCCGUCUACCUCUAGAGGAUGUCUUUGUGGGAGUGAGUGCAAGGCGGGGGGGCCUUGCCCCCACACACUGUGUCAAGUUGGCCGGUGCCACCCACUAUCCCCUGGACAGGUGCUGUUAUGGGAAAUUCCUGCUAACAUCCCACAAACUGGAUCCUUGGAAAAUGCAGGAGGCCUGGAAGCUGGUGAACCGACUGAAUGGGAAAAGGGCUGAGCCCUUUUGCUCCUGGUUCCAGGCAUUCCUGGGUGUCUUGAGGUGCCGGUUCAUAGCCUGGCUCAACAGCUGAGCCCUGGAGCUACAGAAAAGUCAGCACCUCAGAGACCAGGAUGCAGCUCUGUCCCUGUGGUGAUCCAUCUCCUCACAGCAGACUCUGAAGCCAUUGCUGGGCAAGGUUAGAGACUUGGGGCCUGGCCUGACAGCUUCAGAGACAGUCAUCAGGGAGGGAAAAAUGCAGGAGGGCGCCAGGGACUACUGUACUGUUUUCACCAGCUGGGC